AUGGCUAUGAAUGAGAUGAAGAAAAACUCAGAACUAAUCUUCGUUCCUGCACCAGGGAUUGGCCACUUAGUUUCUUCACUUGAAUUUGCAAAGCUCUUGGUCAAUACUCAUGCCAAUCUUUCCAUCACAGUCAUAUGCAUCAAAUUCCCAGGCACUCUCAUUUCAGAUUCAUACAUCAAAGCAGCUUUAGCCUCAGAGCCACACAUCCAACUCAUUGAUCUUCCUGAAGUUCAACGACCUCCUGAAGAACUACUCAAAUCCCCAGAGUUCUUCAUCUUGACUUUCAUGGAAAGUCUCAUACCUCAUGUCAAAUCUGCUAUACAAACCAUUUUAUCAGACAAAGUUGUUGGUCUCAUGCUCUCGCUUCAAAACCGCCGAAUCGAGGACAUUUUCGAUGAUUCCGACCUUGAUCAUCAACUCUUGAUUCAUGGCUUCUCAAUUCCAGUUCCUUUUAAUGUUUUACCUGAUGCUUUUUUUAACAAACAUGGUGGAUAUGUUGCUUAUUAUAAAUUUGCUGAGAGGUUUAGAGACACCAAAGGGAUUAUUGUUAAUACUUUUUCAGAAUUGGAACAAUAUUCAAUUGAUGCAUUAUCUAAUCAUGAUGAAAAAGUCCCUCCUAUCUAUGCUGCUGGACCUUUGUUAGGUCUCAAAGGAAUUAGCUUUGUUCCAUCUCAAAUAAGAGAAAUAGCAUUAGGACUUAAGAAUAGUGGAUUUAGGUUUUUAUGGACUGUGAAGUCUCCACCAGAAGAAUUUUUAGAAUGGAUGGAAUUGGAAGGUAAGGGAAUGAUAUGUGAAUGGGCACCUCAAGUUGAGAUAUUGGCACAUAAGGCUAUAGGUGGAUUUGUUUCACAUUGUGGAUGGAAUUCUAUUUUGGAAAGUUUGUGGUUUGGUGUUCCAGUAUUGACAUGGCCUAUUUAUGCAGAACAACAGCUUAAUGCUUUUAGGAUGGUGAAGGAAUUGAAGUUAGGUGUGGAGUUGAGAGUGGAUUAUAGAAGGGGUAGUGACAAUGUGGUGGCUGAGGAGAUUGAGAAAGGGUUGAAGGAUUUGAUGGAUAGAGAUAACAUUGUGCACAAGAAGGUGGAAGAGAUUAAAGAGAUGGCAAGGAAUGCUGUUGCUAACGGUGGAUCUUCUGUCAUUUCUGUUGGAAAAUUUAUUGAUAAUGUUUUAGGAAGCAACUUAUAA